AUGCAAAAAUUUAAGUGCCUUAAGUCUUUAAGAGAGAAAAGUCUUUUCUCUUUGAUAUAUAUGGAAUCCUUUAAUUUUAAUAAUAUUCAUAAGAACAUAGACAAACAUUUUAUUCAUACAUAUACCAAAAGAAAUAAUAUUAUAAGCUAUAUAGACAUUAUUUAUAAACGUUAUCUAAAUACUAUGGAAAAAAAUAAGACAAACGAUGAUUACAAAAAUUAUGAUAACUGUAUACUCCAAAAUGAUAAAAAAAAAAAAAAUGUUUUUUAUGAACAAUCAUUAGAACAUGCACAAAAAAUAUCUAAUGAUGAAAUAAAAAAGGAUAAGAAAGAAGAACAAAUAAAAAAUAAUCCAAUAAAUAAUAUUUCAGAAGAAUGUGGAUAUAAGUAUGAUAAGCAUGAACCUACCAUGUUUGGUGAUUGGUCUCAUAAUUGCAGGGUUACAGAUUUUUGA